GUCAGGUUCCCUCGCCCGCUGGCUCUUUUUUUGUCCCUCGUCGCAUUUCAUGUUAUUCUCGGUUAUUCUCAUAGGUUAUUCUGCUUUAAAUCCAGAUUUUGGGCUCCGGGAGCAGCCGUUUUACAGCCACGUGGUGUUUGUGAGAGCAGAAUGGGUCCCGUAGAGCUCCUCCACAUGUCCGUCUUCUCCCAGAGCUUUUCUCCCUGCGGACGCUUCCUGGCAGCAGGAAACAACUACGGAGAGAUCGCUCUGUUCAGCCUGUCUGCAGCUCUGAGUCCGGACGCCACCGCGCUGAGUCAGAAACCUGUUCUCACGUUCACAGCCCACGAUGGCCCGGUGUUCUCGCUCCUCUCCAACGACUCUCAGCUCCUCAGCGCAGGAAACGGAGAGAUUAGCUGCUGGAGCUGGAGCGAACUCAUCAAGAAGAAUGCCAAACCUCUGUGGACAAAAAGACCAAACUACAAAUCCAGUCUGGAGAUCCCAGAGAUCAACGCCAUGAUCGUCAACCCCCGAGACAACAGUCUAGUGGUCGGAGGAGGGGACAACAACAUCCACAUCCUGGACCUGGAGCACGGAGUCUUUAAGUCGGUCCUGCAGGGCCACUCGGACUACAUCCACUGUGUGAGCGUGAGAGAGCGGGAGGCAGAGAUCCUGUCCGGGGGGGAGGACGGAGCGGUGAGGAUGUGGGACAGCAGGACGGGUCAGUCGGUCCACUGCGUCGAGAUCUACAAGUACGAGAGCUGUGCUCGGCCCCAGUUCGGUAAAUGGAUCAGCUGUCUGACCACAGACUCCGACUGGAUGCUGUGUGGCGGCGGCCCGUCCCUGUCUCUGUGGCAUCUCCGCUCGCUGUCUCCGACCUCCGUCUUCCCGCUGGCGGGCUGCCAGAGACAGGCCGCCUUCUACCAGGACAUGAUCUUGGCUGUGGGUGAGGGUCCGUUUGUGUCUCACUGUCUGUUGGGUGGAGAGGUGAAAGCUCAGAUCCCGUGCACGCCGCAGAGCCUCAACACGCUGCAGAUCAACGCCAACAGCACGGAGCACCGGGUGCUGACUGUGGGAGGCAGCAGCGACCACAUCGACGUGUUCACCAACCUGUCGUACAAAACCUUCUCCCUCAGCUUCUGACACACACACACACACACACACACACACACACACACACACACACACACACACAACACACACACACACACGUUGACUAAUGUAACGUUUGUUGAUUAAUGUGUCAGCUUUUUUUUUACCAUUGUCGUCAGAAACUCACGUCAACUUUUGUACCCAUAGUCUGAAGAUAAUAAAAUAUUUUUGUCUCAUUUUG